UCUGUGUUGUGUGACUGUGUGUUGCGUGUGACUGAGCCAUCUGUGGUUCGGUGAGACCCCAGGUCCCUGUGUGGAGCCCUCGGGAGGCUGCGACGGUGUGCCCCAGGGUGACAGCAAGUAGCUGCGUGGGCUCUUUCCACAGCUGUUGGAAGCUAUGGCAUAGCGGUGCCGAUGCUUGUCUCUGUGCGGCUGUGUGCGUGUGUGAACGUCGAGUGUGUUUCAACGUUCUGUAACAGCCACUAUUUGAGCUGUGUAUACCUACGUGUGUGACAGUGUAUCCCUGGGCAGACUGUGUGUGUGGCGGUUCCCACCCGUGCUGGGCGUGGGUAGCUCUGCGGGGCGAUACACCCAGUAUAACUGCCUGUAGCUUUACGGGGCUAUCAGUAGUUGUUCCAGUAGCUAUAGAGACUUACGUGUGCAGUCCUGUGUCGGAGAAUGUAGCCGCAACUAAGUGUGUGGCUGUGUUCUUGGGUGUACAAUUUGGGUGUAUCUGGAAAGUGUGUGUGUAGCCGUGAUCAGCUGUGUCCCGCUGUGUGUCCCCGGGUGGCUGUCCCCAGUCGCACCGAGUAUGUGUAUCCCCGCGCCCCCUCCCCCCGCGGCGGGCACUGCGCGUGCGCGCCCGGCCCACGGUCCCGGCGGCGGGACCCACCCGCGCUCACGCCAUCGCCCCUUUAAGAGCGGCGCCCGCGGGCGACGGGGAGGCGGCGGGCGGGGGCGCGCGCGGCGGGAGGAGGGGGCGCGCGCUUCCCGGAACAGCCCGCGCUGAGGGAAGAGAGGAAGAAAAUAAAACCCGCGGCCGGAGCCAAAGCUGGAGCUGCCGCCGCCGCCGUCUCAGCCGUCUGGAGCUCCCCCGCGCGGACGAUGCCCGCGAUGCCCGCGCGGGGCUCGGGGCGGUGAGGCCCGGGGCGCGGGGUAGCUAUGGCGACCGGGAGCGCGGCCCGCGGCGCCGCCUGACAGGUGUGGGGCCCCGGCGGCGGCGGCGGCGGCACGGAGCAGCAUGUACGCCAAGGGGGGCAAGGGCUCGGCCGUGCCCUCCGACAGCCAGGCACGAGAGAAGUGAGGCUGGGAGUGAGUUAGGCCCUGGGCCCUGGCCACAUGGCCCGGGGUGCCUGCCGGGAGACCCCACCCAGAGCACAAACUAGAGUGAAGCCCAGGAGCCAUUUCUCCAAGGAGAGGAACUCCCUGGGGCCAAGGCUGCUAUAAGGUUGGCGCUGUACGUGUAUGAGUACCUGCUGCACGUUGGUGCCCAGAAGUCAGCCCAGACCUUUCUGUCCGAGAUCCGAUGGGAGAAGAACAUUACGCUGGGGGAGCCCCCGGGCUUCCUGCAUUCCUGGUGGUGCGCCCGACCGCAGAGAGGCGUGCGAGCACUCGAGUGAAGCCAAGGCCUUCCAGGACUACAGCGCUGCAGCGGCCCCCAGCCCGGUGAUGGGGAGCAUGGCUCCCAAUGAUGCAAUGGCAUCAGGCCCCAUGGCAACCGGCUUCUUCCAGCCCUUCAUGUCACCGCGGUUCCCAGGGGGCCCUCGGCCCACCCUGCGGAUGCCGAGUCAGCCUCCCGUGGGCCUACCCGGUUCCCAGCCCCUCCUCCCUGGCGCCAUGGACCCCUCCCCACGUGCUCAGGGUCAUUCGAGCAUGGGCCCGAUGCAGAGGGUGACGCCUCCACGGGGCAUGACCAGCGUUGGGCCCCAGGUAAGGGCUGGGCCCAGGCGACAGGGCAGCUUCAGGGGCUGCCCUCUCUCGGCUUGCCGUCUCACGGCCCCUUUACCUUCACAGAGCUACGGAAGUGGCAUGCGGCCCCCACCCAACUCUCUUGCUGGCCCGGGUUUGCCCACCAUGAACAUGGGACCCGGAGUGCGUGGCCCAUGGGCCAGCCCCAGUGGCAACUCGAUCCCCUACUCCUCUUCCUCCCCUGGCAGCUACACGGGACCCCCAGGAGGAGGUGGGCCCCCUGGAACACCCAUCAUGCCCAGCCCUGGAGACUCCACCAACUCCAGUGAGAACAUGUACACCAUCAUGAACCCCAUCGGGCCAGGCGCCGGCAGGGCUAAUUUCCCGCUUGGCCCUGGUCCGGAGGCCCCCAUGGCCGCCAUGAGUGCGAUGGAGCCUCACCAUGUAAACGGAUCCCUGGGCUCGGGCGAUCUGGACGGGUUGCCGAAGAGCUCCCCCGGCGCCGUGGCCGGCCUGAGCAACACCCCGGGCACCCCGCGGGACGACGGCGAGAUGGCGGCCGCCGGGACCUUCCUGCACCCGUUCCCGAGCGAAAGCGUAAGCGACUGCGUCGACUCCCCCCCCGCGGCGGCGUCGGGCCGGAGGGGCCUGGCGGGCAGACCCCGGCGGGGCGGCCGGGGGGCCAGAGCAAGACCGUGACCGCGGCGGGCCAGUACUCCCCCGGGAUGACCAUGAGCGUGUGAUGGGGCCGCAGCCCCUUGCCCACUGCCGACCUCGGCUUCUGCCCAGCGCCCCUGCCCGGGGCCAAGGUCCAGGGGCUCGGGUGGUCUGCAGGGUGAGGGUCUGAGGUCACACCGCGGGCAACUGGACUCCCGGUCAAGGCUUGGAUGGCUGGGAGGCCCCGCGCGAAGGACUCAUUCAUUUUAUAAAAAAACGCAAGGACCUCAGAGACGUUCUUUCCUGUAUGGGCCCUUCCCGCCAUUUCUGUUUUGUCCAGGGGGCUCCUUGGGGGAUUUCCUUUCCCCUGGAGCGCAGGGGUGGGCCCCAACAAUAAACAUAACUCGAUUUUGGUUUUUGGCA